GCCGCCGAGGCUGCUGCCACCGCCUCCCGCGCCACGUCCAGGGAGCGGCCGAGGGCCGGGGCCGGGGUCGGGGCCGGGGCCGGGCCAGGGGCGGUGGAGCUCCUAGCGCUGAGAUUCCGGGGCAUUUUGCAUGAAGAUGGCGGCUCCCGUGGCCAGCAAGACAGGCUCGGGCUCGGGCUCGGGCUCUGGCUCCGGCUCGGGCGGCCACAAGCCCGCCUUCCCGGAGCUGGAUUUCCGAUCGGGGGCCCGCAUCGAAGAGCUGAACAAACUCAUCCAGGAAUUCACCAAGCACGACCAGCGGGAGUACGACGACCAGAGGGCCUUGGAGAUCCACACAGCCAAGGACUUCAUCUUCUCCAUGCUAGGAAUGGUGCAGAACUGGACCAGAAACUGCCGGUGGCCAAUGAAUACCUGCUCCUCUCUGGUGGUGUCCGGGAAGGUGUGGUAGACCUUGACCUGUAUGAGCUCAAUGUAUAUGCCAGGGGUACAGACUAUGACAUGGACUUCACCUUGUUGGUGCCAGCCCUUAAGCUGCAUGACCGAAAUCAACCCGUGGACACUACAUGCGCCCACUCGGCUCUCUGUCACUCGUGGCUCAGCCUUCGACUCUUUGACGAGGGCACUAUCAGCAAAUGGAAAGACUGCUGUACCAUUGUGGACCACAUCAAUGGAGCCACAAAUUACUUCUUCUCUCCUACCAAAGUGGCUGAUUGGUUCUAUGAUUCCAUCAGCAUUGUUCUCUCUGAGAUUCAGAAGAAGCCCCAGCGAGGGAUGCCCAAAGUGGAGAGAGUCGAGAAGAACGGGACGAUUCUGUCCAUCAUCCUUGGGGUGGGCAGCAGCCGCAUGCUCUAUGACAUUGUGCCUGUGGUGUCCUUCAAAGGCUGGCCAGCCGUGGCCCAGAGCUGGCUCAUGGAGAAUCACUUCUGGAUAAAGAUCACUGAAGAAGAAGUCAUCAGUGGAUUUACCUUAGUGCCUGCUUGCUCCCACAAAGGCAAGAAGGACAACGAGUGGAGAUUGUCCUUUGCCAGGAGUGAAGUCCAGCUUAAGAAAUGCAUUUCCAGUAGCCUCAUGCAAGCCUACCAGGCUUGCAAAGCCAUCAUCAUCAAACUCCUGUCCCGGCCCAAAGCCAUCAGUCCGUACCACCUGCGGAGUAUGAUGCUCUGGGCCUGCGACAGGCUCCCUGCCAGUUACUUGGCCCAGGAAGACUACGCGGCCCUCUUACUAGGCCUCAUUGAUGACCUGCAGCACUGCCUGGUGAACAAGAUGUGCCCCAAUUACUUCAUCCCACAGUGCAACAUGCUGGAGCACCUCUGCGAAGAGACGGGUCAUGCUCCAUGCCGCAAGCUCUCCUCUGUGCGCUCCGACCCCGCUGAGCACCUGCGUACCGCCAUUGAGCACGUCAAGGCAGCCAACCGCCUGACCCUCGAGCUGCAGCGGCGAGUAAGCACCACCAGCAUCCCCUCCCCACAGUCCUGAUGGUGGGAUCCCAACCAGCCUGAUGAGCUAGCCAAAAAACUGCAGCAGCUAGUGACUGAGAACCCAGGGAAGUCCAUCUCCGUCUUCAUCAACCCUGAUGAUGUUACCAGGCCUCAUUUCAGAAUCGAUGAUAAAUUUUUCUGAGCUUUUCAGCUAAUUUGUUUUUUUUCUGGUUUUGAUCCUAAGAUUUCCAUGGUGUUUAGUGUGUGUGUGUGUGUGUGUGUAUGUGUGUUCGCGCGCGUGCGUGCAUGUGUGUGAAUUCUAUCUGCUUUUUUACAUGUCCAGCACUGGUUGGAUCUGUCGAGAACAGCUGCUGAGAGUGAGGUUUCCUGGGUCUUCAAGAUGGUGCAGUUUCUACAACAUGACAUGACUAUCUCCACAUUGGGCCUUUGCUUUUUCUCUUCCUCCUUUGUAACUGUCAUGUUUGGUGUUUUGUCCUGUCAGGGGGGCUGGCUGGUGGUCACGCUUCCAUCUUGGUUCUUUAGAGGAGGACUAACAGCCAUAGCUGCAGAUGCCCAGGACUUUCUGGCGCCUUCUUCUUCCCUCCUUCCCUUUCUUUGGUGUCAAGCUCUUGGUGGCAGUGGGGGAAGCACCUCCUUCCAUAGAAGAAGUCUAUUUUUGUUUGGGGCUUUUUAUUUUUUAAUAAGCUUCCAUCACUUGGGAGUGUUGGAGAGAAUAAUUCUGAGAAGGAAAAUGCCUUGGCGUUCUCUCUCUGGAUCAGCCUCCCUGUUGAGUGUGACAUAGGGGCUUCUCUUUUUUUCCUCCACCAAGAAAACACAUGAACUUUAAAAGUGAUUAAAUGCUACACAUUUUGUAGCCUUGAAAGCAAUUUCUUUGAAUGUAAUCAUCCUCAAAUCCAACCCCCUGCCGGUUUAGAGGGUGGUCUGGCCAGCUUUCCAGGUGGCAUGGGGUGACUGAAUGCUAGUUUGUCGUGGUGUAAUUAUUUGAAGCCUUAUUUAAAUCCUAUUAAAGAACAUACCAUUGUUAAUGUUAUUUGCACUAAUGAAAUCUCUGCCAUUGUCUUAGUCCUUUUGUGUGUGUGCUUCCCACUUCGAUGACCAUCUGCUGGUGUAAUGCUGCCGUGUUGGGUCCCGAGUCCUUCCCUGGAAUCAAACUGGAACAAUCUUUUGCAUUGGUCAUGUUCUCUUUAGAAAUGAGGUCAUGUUAUGCCUGCCUGGGCUUUCCUGCCCGAAACAUGUUUUGAAGGUAGUUACCUGCAAUUUGAAUAAUUACCCAGAGUUCAGUUAAGAGGCUGGGUUCCAUCAAGUGUAUAUGCUUCUCCUGGGGCAGAGAGAGGCCACCUCGGGGAUAACUUUUUAAAAUAGAAGCUGUGAGAAUGGAGGCCAGCCCUGGAAAUGAAGCACUGCAAACUAGAUGUGUUACCAGCCGUUUACAAAGCAGGCUUGGAUAGGGCAGGAAUAUGGUGGCAUCUGGAGGACACGGCCAUGCACAUGACUAGACGUUUUGUGCAAUCUUGUGGGAAUACAAAGAAUUCUUCAGCCUCUACUUCAAGUACAGGCUUUGGCUCUUUUUUAAUGUAGAAGUAACUCAAAAACAAUGUACCAUUGGCUUGGGACGAGGAAAAGCCACUGAUUGCCUGUCUGCUGCCAAGCUGCCAAUCCAAGGGUCAGGCAGCUUUAGCUCCAAGGGCCUCCCAGCUCUCACUGGAUGCCAGGAUAGCUUCUUGAGCCAAGGGCUUCCCCUCAGGCAUCCCUUGGUUGACCUCUAGCAUCCAGAAGUUUACAGGUCUUAUCCUGGUUGAAGUUGGGUUUUGGAGCCUUGGGUUUGCAUGGGAUUUAAUGUUAUGCUUAUAAAAGAGAAUGAACUUAUUCAACCAUCUCAAGUCAAAGACAGGUAAAAUUAUGAUAAUAAAAACAUGGAAAAUUU